AUGAUAAGAAUUUUCUUAGACACCUGCACUGCAGUAAGUGCUUCAGGCUAUGUCGAAUCUCCAGCCUUAACUACUACUAUCUCUCUCAGGAAUCUCUUGUCUGGUAUUGAGCGCAUCUAGUUCUACUAUUUAAAGCACUGGCUUUAGUGUUGGAUCAACUGGAUUCGCAUUAAAAAGCUUAAGUUAUGCGAGUAAGUUUUCAUUGAAUCACCUUAUAUUGCAGCUGCGACAGUGGCGACUAGUGCAGGUUCAAAUGGAGCGACAUCAACUUGGACUAUUAGCAUCCCUUUGUCAAACAAAAUACCAGCAUACGGAAAAAUUAAUUUAACUUUCAAACCACUCACAUCAUCUUACACCUCCUAUGCUACUGCUUAGUAAGUACUGUCAACAUCAUCAACUUUCACAUGCAAAUAUGCCUCUGUAAUAUUUUUGUUUUAACUAUUAAAGGCAACUACAUCUUGUUCAUCCAGUAAAUUGGCCGUUUCAACUAGUUAGAGUUCAGUAUUAAUAACAUUUUCAUCUUCAGUGCUUGCAGCUGGUGGAACCCUUUAACUUUUGGUAGCCAAUGCUAAGAAUCCUCUAUCAUCUUAACCAUACACAGGAUUAACAAUGAUUUCUUAUGAAAAUUCUAACUUGAUUGAUACUUAUACUUUACAAACUGGUGUUUCUACAUCCUCAGCAUCUCAGAGUGGAACAACUUCAAAUAUUUAUAAUUCAAAGACUCUUAUUAAGGAUACAAAUGCUGAGUAUUUCUUCUAAUUCACUACUAUUAAUCCAAUUCCAAGUUCGGGGUUUCUUCAGAUUACAGUUGGUAGUGGCAUCACCUUACCAGCAAGCUUCAGUUCUUGGGUAUUCAAGGCAUAUGAUACUGAGGUUUCUGGAGCUUCAUUUAGUGCAUCUGGCCAGGUUUUGACUGUAAAAAAUAUCAUAUCAACUUACCUCAAGGGAGGUACUGAUUACUAAUUUUCAAUUACUGGUUGGACAAAUCCCAUAGAUACAACUGCAGUCUCUUUUUCUAUCGUUACUGCUGAAGCGACUUCAGGCACCACUUACUCUAUUGACACCUUCUCUGGCUUUUAAAUAUAAGCUGCUUUAGGAGCUAUCUAUGUUCUCAGUUUAAAGCCAACAGAUGAUUCAAGAAUGCUAUUAUUCCCAACUAAUUAUACUAUUCAGAUUUAAUGCAAGACAAGCAUUGCAAGUACUGACUACUUAGAGAUAAUAUUUCCCAGUGAGUUUGAUGUUGCUGAUUCAUCAUCAUGUAAAAUCUCUGGUUUCUAUUAAACAUCUACAACUUGUACAUCAUCUUCAUCAAGUAGGACAAUAACUAUCAAGAAGCUUUCAACCUCAGCAAUUAGCUCAAUGAAUACAAUCACAUUUACUGUUAAUUCUAUCAGGAACCCUGCAAUUUACGACAAAUCGAACCAGAUUAUAUUCAAUCAUAAAACAUCGAUUGGCGUAAUUUAAGAUAGUGGAAAAUACUAUGUUCCCAAGAAUACUUACACUCAAAGCUAUAUAAAUACAUUUAAAGUAACUCCAGGAACUACACAAGCAGGAGGAAAAGUUAUAUCAUAUUAAUUUUCAAUCUCCCCAGCUGCUUACAUUCCCAAAGGAGCUUUAAUAGCAAUAUAUCUACCUGAGGAGGUUACGAUUAACAGCGCAUCAAAUAUAGAAUUCAGUUGUGGUGGAACCUUAAGUGGCUUCACAAGUUCACCUCUCUUAUGCUAAGUAAAAAGCAGUAACAAAAUCGUAAUACAAAAAGGAUUUACUUCAGCUAAAUCUGUAAACGAUCCUCCGACCAUAUCAUUUACGAUUCCCAGUCUAAAUAAUCCAAGAUCACUGGAACCCUCAAAAAUAUUUGGUGCCUAAAUAUUAGAUUCAUCUAGUAGAGUAAUUUACGCCUGGAAUAAUACGGAGACUCCAUACGCUACAAUGAAAACCUCAGGAGUUCCAUCAAAAUUUUUACUCUCAAGGACAAGUACCUAGAAUUCAAAUUUGACUAAUUACAUUUUCAAUAUAACCCCCUCCCUUUAUUACCAAGAUAAUGACGUAAUAAAAAUUGUUGCUCCAUCUCCAAUUGUGUUUACAAAUUCAUCGAGUUGCAAAGGCCUUGUUUCUCUUGCGUCUACUUUAACAUGCAAAAAGUCUACUGACUUCAAAUCAAUUGAGAUUAAAUUAAGCACAUCAAGAAUGAGAUAUCUUGCUUAGAUCGCUUCUGGCUCUCUCAUAUCAAUUUAGGUUUCAAAUGUCUAAAAUUCAGUUUCAACUAAAAUGACUUCUUCAGGAUUUGCUGUCUAUGCAUAAACAUCAAAUGGAUAUGUGAUUGAAUCUUCAACUACUGGACCAUAUGUUGUAAAUACUGAGGCUGCUGUUCUUAAUUCUCAAAAAGCAAAUGUUUAGCCGAGUAACUAUAUAGAGAAUAAAAGUGCUGUCUAUUAAUUUCAAUUCGUCACAACUGGUUUCUAGUAAAAUAUGAGAAUUAAGAUUACACUACCUACACAAAUAAACUUCAUAGGUACCUCAUUGAAAUGUCGAGGUAUACAUGGAGUUGAUAAAUAAAAUUUAACAUGCAUAAUCAACAGUGCUGACAAGAGCUUCUCAAUAAGUGAUGCUCUUACAAACUAAGAAAUUGCACCGAAUAAUAUCACAUUCUCAGUAGAUUCUCUAUUGAAUCCAACUAAAAGGGAACUAACUUCUUCAUUUAAGAUUGAAACCUUUACAAACGACAGUUAUGCGAUUGAUAAAUUAACUGCUGACCUUGCACUUGAUUUCUUUUGCGUUUAUCCAUGUAAAACUUGCAAUCAAUCGAAUUCAUCUCAGUGUUUUUCGUGUUAUAGCUUUGUAAGUGAAAAAUAUUUCUUUUAAGAUUAGUGCUUUGAAGACUGUCCAGCUGGAUAUUUUAACAGAGAUAAUAAUACCUGUGGCAAGUGUAACUCGCCUUGCGCAAAAUGCAAAUCUACAGCUGAUCUUUGCACAUCUUGCAUCGAUUUAUAUGUGUUAGGAGGCAAUGGAUAAUGCUAUGAAAAAGUUAUUAUUGCAAAUUUAUAUCCUUUCCCAUUCAGUGUAUUCGCAGUCUUUGCAACAUUUUCUGCUUGGAUAACAAAAUGCUUUGCCAAAAAGACUAAAUUCUUGCAAUCAGCCAUAGCACUGUGUGCAUUUCCUGAAAUGAUAGCUUGGAUUUCAGCAACAUUCAUGCUCUCAUAAUUUGGAAUGGCCUUUAGUGCCUUUUUAGUUUUUAUAGGCAUUGCCAUUCAUAUUCUUAUGAACUUCACUUAUUGUCUAUUACAUCAACGCAUAUUUUUAAGGAGAUCAGAUCAGAAGUAUUUAGAUUUUUUUAGAACACAUAAUAAUUGUAACCGGAUCACACUUGUGGUAUCCUUUGUAUUCUCAUUCAAAUUUCAUAUGAUAUCUCUUUCACAUUGUGCAAAUGGUGAGCAUUUGAAAGGCUCUUGGAAUAAGUUUUAAUGGCUACUUUGGAAUGCCAUUGUCCUUCUAUAUAUUAUACUUUCAUUAGCCCCGAUGGUCUUUGGAUGUAUUCAUGAAAUUUUAAUGGCCCCUGAAAAAAUGUUUACUUUUACCUGGUAUAUUACUUUAGACUGUAUAAUAGUGACUAUAUACAUGGCAAUUUUACUAAUUAUCCUCUUAAUUAGAUAUGCACCUUGCAUAAUAAGCAGGAGAAAAAAUAAAGCAUUGCUCUAUAAUAGAGUGGAAAAUGAAAAUUCACUUCUCAAUGAUGAUUAAAACCAACAUACAAAACUUAACAUUUAAAAAUUAAAUGAACUUGAUAAAGAAAAAUUCGAAAGACAAAUAGAGACAGAUGAGGGUGAUGCAAAAACCCGAAGAAGAGACACUUAGUAAAAUGAGGAAUAAGCUGAAAUUGAGUAGUUGCAAAAUUUCAUUAAAUAAUUAGAAAAAGAAAGCUUGAUAAUUGAAUAGGAUGAAAGGAAAGAUAUUAUUGAUGAAAGAAGUAAAAUUCUUAAGGAAGAGGAAGACAAAUUGCUUGAAAAGUAACCCGAGGAGUUAAGAGAUGUCAAAAAGGAUUUCUUAAAUUAAGUAGAUAAAAGAGUAUCACUUAAAAUUGAGCCGUGGGAAAUAGAGUAGCCGACUCCAGAACCUGAGCCAAUAAUACUUCCAAGAAUUAAUCCAGUAUCAGAAAGUGUUUAUAACUAUUAUGAGUAAUUGUUCUCAAAUGAGAGAGGAAUAAAACUUCCAAAGGCAUCAUUCGAAAAUUUAAAAUAAGAUGAAAGAUCAGGCUUUAAGAAUGAAAUAGGAGGAUAAAUAUUGCCUAAGAAGCGAAUCUUUGAAAAAGUAGAAUACGAAAUAUAAGAAAAUGAUUAACAGGAAACAGAUGAUGAUUUGGAUGAAAUCGAGAUGAAAGACGAGGUUGCAGAUGAUGUGAAAUUGAGAAACAAUGUGCUUUACAGUGAUAAAUCUGAGUCAAGUAUAGAUGAUAUGAUGGAAGACACCCCAUCUAAUUAUAACAUUCCUAAUGGAAGACUUGACGGUAAAUCAUUAGGCCUCAAAGCUCUACUACUGUAAGCAAAGAAGUAAGGUAUCAAGCUUGAUGUAGAGAAAACUGGAACAGGCUUAAAGUUAGCAGGAAAUAAUAAUAUUUUGACUAAACCCCCCAGAGUCAAGGAAGAAGAGGAAAAGAAGUUCAUUAACAAUCUGUUUAGAAAUAGUAAUGAUCUGAAUUAAGCAACUGGAAGAUCAAAUAAUCUUAAUACAAACAACUCACUAAAGCAUGACUCUUUGGAGCAUACAGGAAACAUGAACGAGAAUUCAACUUUAGAAAUAAUGGAGAAGAAUCAGAAAAAGAAAAAGAAGGUUCAGAAUCAGAAAUAAUUCAAAGAGAGUCCUGAAUAAGACAAGAUCAAGGGUAUGAUAUCCAAGAAUGCAACAUAGGACUUGGAUGCUAAUAAGAAAAGCUCUAAAAUGCUCUCAAAAUCCCCUGUUAAAAAUAAUAAUGAGGACAUUGGAAAGGUAAAAGCUAAUAAUUUCUUCUGA